AUGGCAAACCGAUUCAUAAGAUGGACAAGGUUAGAAGACUACCAAGAACUAUCAAGAAAUUUUGAAAUUGUCAAUACUCUCGGGGCACUUGAUGCUUCGGAAUUUGAAAUCCGCCAACCCUUAAAUCAGCUGCCUUCAUACACCAGCAGAAAGUGUAAAACGACGAUAAAGCUACAGAUAGUAUCAACGCGUGAUUUAGAAAUCAUCGAUGCAGCAGUGGGAUUUCCCGGAAGUUUGGGAGAUAGUAGAAUUCUGAAAAACAGUCCUCUUUCCCAAGCAUUGGGUGUCAGGCUUGGCCAAACAGAUUACCAUAUCCUCGCUGAUACAGCCUAUCCUCUACGUGAACAUAUUCUUGUACCGUUUAGAAAUAAUAGAGAUCUAGAAGACCACGAAUUAGCAUACAACCGGGCCGUAAAAAGUGACCGUCAGGUUGUGGAGAGGGCAUUUGGUUUACUCAAGAUGAAGUGGCGACGGCUUAAAUUUUUAGACAUAUUCAAAAUGAAUUUACGUCAUGAUGGGUGGAUAGACGAUGCCCCACAAAUUGACGAUGAUGAUGAAGUCGAUCCAGACUAUGAGUUCGAUGAAGAACGGGAGACGGAAGCUGGUGUCGAAAAACGUCGACGCAUCGCUGAGGAGUUCAUCUUUUAG